CUGCUUUUGAAGGCCGCAAGGAAAUCUGGGAUGCCCUGAAGGCUGCAGCACAUGCAUUUGAGAACAAUGACCAUGAACUAGCACAAGCAAUUAUUGAUGGUGCAAACAUAACAUUACCUCAUGAUAUCUUCAGAUGCUUCUAGAGCUGUGAUUUAGCAGUAACCUCACUUAUAUACACAUCUACCAGGCCAAGGCAGAAAUUGAAAAGCUGAAGGAGCAACUAUUACAUAAGGAACAAAGCCAUAACUCUGAGUUGGAGAGAAUGAAACAGGAGGUUACCCAACUAACCAAGGAACUGCACCAUUGUGACAUCACGAUUGCCUCAUCUAGUGGGUCUACCUUAGGUUUGGAGCAACAGCUAAGAACAGAAAUUGAAAAAGCAGAGCAAAAGGCAGUGGAACACAGGGCUAUCCUUGCUCAGUUGGAAAUUCUCAAACAAGAAAAUCAGCACCUCUCAGAAAUGCUGCAAAAGGUAAAAAACAUCCCUUUAGCCGAACUCCAGGAAAGUUAUAUCAAGGCCCUAAAUAAAGUGGAGUCUGAGAAGCAGCAACUACAGAAGGAACUAGCAGAAAGUAGAACUGUUUUGGAAACCUCAUCUCAAAUCCUUCAGGACAAAUAUGAGAGUAUUGUGCAGGAGAUGCAACAUCAAGUGAUUGAGAUAAAGAAUACAGAGAGCAGAAAAAUGCAAGAGCUGCAGUGCAAGCAUGAUGAAGAACUGCGAGCUCUCCAGGCUAGAUUUGACAAAGCUGUUCAGCACUAUGGAGAGGAAAUCCAGAAGAUGCAACAAUUGUCGGCCAGAGUCUCUCUUUCUAGUACAGCUACUGAACUGUCACCUCCGAUCGCCAGGAGCCACUCUGUGGAAUCUAUAUCCUGUAGUCUCCUUGUGAGAUCAGAUCCCUUGAUACAUGGAAACAAGAAAUUUAUGUACAAUGCAGCAAGCGACUGUGAUAAUGAAUUUUUGCCUCUGAGCCCACUGCCUAUCGCAAACCUUGGUGCGAUUGCUGCCAAGUUUUUGGAAGAAGAAGAAAAAAGAUCUCACCAUAUCUUGGAAUGCUUAGAUGCACAUAUUGAGGAACUGAAAAGGGAGAGUGAAAAAACAGUGCAACCGUUUGCACACCAAAAGUGACAUUGCUUCAAGGUCCAUGGACUGGAGAGCUCGCUUAAUUUAACCCGCUUGAAACAAAGGGCAGGAGGUAGUUAUCUUCCUUGGAGCCCUGAGGAGCUAGGUAGGGGGCUCCCUCUUUCUUUGUCUCAAAUUUUCAGUGAUAGUGAAAUUAUAAUGAAGUUUGGAGUGAAACAUAGCAGUAAUUGCACUACUACAGAAAGCCUUAUUGGCCUUAAAUGCCUCCUGCAAUCUCUGAGUAUGCAGUGACCUUCAGAAGGGAAUGAUGUUGUCAGCUGUAUGAAGAAUGUAAAGUUUAUUU